AUGCCAGAAAAGUUGAAAAACGGACACACCACUGCUCCUGCUGUUCUGAAAACCACUGUAAAGGUUGGACCCUGCAAACUAUCCUAUGGACCCAGAGGCCGUCCACACGGUGCGCUGUGCGCGCUAAUUCUCGCAGGAAUGUUCUCCACCCAGACUGCGAAGAACUAUGGGCUUGUUUGGAAGAAGAGUAUUGCUGAGAAGAUCAAGAUACAGUGAACACCGUGCCGAAGUG